AUGCUUUUAAUUGAACCAUUUAUUGACAAUCGAAUAUGGAUUUUUUCUCAAUCAGUUCGUAUGAAUUUUAUGCAUAAAAUAUUUGCAACUCGAAUUCGACUAUUUUCUUUUUGUCAAAAAUCAUCAAAUAUAAGUGCAGAAUAUAUUGCAUUAGAAGAAAUUGUUCGACUACAUGAUCCUCCAUUUUUUUUAUAUGAAAAACCAAGUCAAAUAGAAAUAAAUCAAUUUCGUUCGACAGCUAAACAAAUAUUUAAAAGAAUAUAUCCAAAACGUAAUAUACAAACAUGUAAAAUACAACCAAUCACGUUUGAAUAUAAUGGUCGAGCAGUACUUUCCUAUUCAAUACGUAAUGGAGAUAUGCAUGAUUGGAGAGAUACUAGUCAAAAAUUUCUUCU